UGUUUAUUUUUCUUCUCUUUCUUAUCAAUUCAUUUUGGUCUGUUGUGUUCCUCCAAGGUUCUGCCCCGUCCAUUCUUCCGUCUCUGUUUUCUUCUCCUUUCUAGAAUUUGAUUGACUUUAUCUGGAAAUUGAACUGUAAAAAGUAAUCACCCAAAUGCAUAUGAAUAUCAAUGUUGAAGAUCCUCAAAACAUUUAAAUGUCAGGUUCCUCAGCUUUUACUGAAAUGUGCAGUGGGAACCAUUGCUCGGGCUAUGAUCUUAACAUUAUUGUAGAGAUUCAGUAUUGUUAGCGAUGCAAUUAGUAUCAAAUGAUAGUCGAAAAGAAGAUAUUUCAGAAAGAGAGCCCAUCUUAUGCCAGCCCGAUAUUUCACAAACAUCUGAAGAAUGUGAAAUUGCAGCUGUUGGAGGGGAUUGUAUUGUUGUUAGUGAAGAUUUGGAAGAAAUUAAUGUUGAUGAAACCAGCCAUCUGGUGAAUGCCGACCACCCACAAUGCCGUAUAUGCCUUGAUAAUGAAGGGGAUGACUUAAUUGCACCUUGCCACUGCAGGGGCACUCAGAAGUAUGUCCAUAGAUCCUGUCUUGAUAACUGGAGGUCAACUAAGGAGGGCUUUGCAUUUGCUCACUGUACAGAGUGCAGGGCAUUGUUCAUCUUACGUGCAAAUGUCCCACCUGACCGGUGGUGGUUGAGAUUAAAAUUCCAGUUCCUUGUUGCUAGGGACCACGCAUUCAUCUUUGUAAUUGUUCAGCUGAUUGUGGCAUUUUUAGGGGUGCUGGUCUACAAGUUUUAUGGAGAGGAACUAAGAGAAAUGUUUGGUUAUGAUGAACAUCCUUAUGGGUUCUAUACUAUGGCAGUUUUAGCAAUUGUUUUGGUGGGUUUACUCUAUGGUUUCUUCAUUGCUAUUAUAUGUGGCCAGAGGAUCAACGAGCGGCAUUAUCAUGUUCUUGCAAAACAGGAAUUAACAAAGGAAUAUGUCGUUGAAGACCGAGAAGAUAAUAAGAACACCCCAGAACUAGAUCCCAGCCAUGUGACAGAGCUAAGAAUAUUGGGUCUCUAUUAAUUUGGUAGCUGCGCAUUUCAUUUGUUUUCCUGGUUGACAUUUGUUUCGAGGAUGUUGGCCAAGGGUGCACAGCACACCAAAGGUUCAGUUCCCUGUCCUGCGGCCAUAUGGUUUCCAUUAUGUUCUUAUAAACAUGCAAUGCAAAACAAAUGCGCAUAGGCACUAGUUGCAGGUCCUAUUAAUAUUUUGAAAUAUUUAUGUGCCUUUUGUGUCAUGGGGACAGCUGAGAAUAGACUUCAUGCUAUUUCUGACAUGGUUGUCCUCUCCUUUUUUUUCUUGGUAUCAGAUGAACCAUUCACACGUAUCUUACAUAGUAUAGUUUCACCAGUCAUUCUCUUAGUUCCCCCCUAUUUGAUUCAGUGUCAUGUUUCGUAGUAAUUUAAGAUCUCACAAGCAUUGAAUCAGGAAGUUAGAGAAAUUGCUGUGUGCUCUAUAUUGAAUUGAGUUUGUGUACUGGGCAUUUCCAUCAACCUGGUUUGUCCUUUGAAUACCUAAUAUGGUCGGUGCUUGUUUGUUUGUGCAUUAGUUAUUGGUUUCACUGAGAAAUUUACCUUUUUAUGUUCUUCAUACCUGUA